GAUUAAUUGCCGGGAGAAGUCCCCCGGUUUUCGUUUAUUUAUUGUUGUAUUUGUAUUAUAUUUGUGUUUCUUCAUUGGAUUAAACAUCGUGUACCCGAUAAUUCUUGUAGAAAAACUACAUUAGACUUUACAAAAACAUUAAACGCAAAUACCUACUGCAUUGCGGUAUGCAGACUGCUAAUGGAGUGAUUGUUUAAAAAAAAUGCAUCCAAUAAGAAAAGACUAAGAAAGUAUGUGAUUUCUGGAUUCCCACUUCAUAAUGAACAAUUUGUGUCAUCUGUGGGUUUGGAUUUUAGCCCAGCUGUAUAAGUUUGUUAAAAGAAGGCUAAUUCUUGUUGGUUUUGGAUCAUUAACAAGUUUUACAAUAUUUACCAUUUUAUUGAAAUGGAGCUUCACAUGCUCUAAUAUUCAGCCAGAAAAAUAUGUGAAAAAUAUUUGUACUGAUUACCACAGUGGAACCUCCAUUGGAAACCUUUGUGAUGAACUUUGUAAUCCUGACGGGAUAUCCUCCAUUUCCUGUCACAAUUUCCACACCAGCAAGGAGGCAGUGUUCUCAGGUAUCCAUGGCAACCACAGUGUGGUGUUCAAGUUGCCUAGAAAAAUAUCAAACUAUGAAGUGCUGCACUGGUUAGACAACUCAAGUAAAAAGAUUUAUCCUUCCGAAGUAGAUUUUACGAAUAUGAUUGUAACAAAUGUAAAACUUAAAUUCAAUAUUUUUUUAAACCAUGUUGAUGCUAAGAGGAUGACAUAUAUUAAUUAUUCAUUGAAUAGUCAUCAUAGGGAAAUAGAAAUGGAAAAUGUAUGGAAUUUAUUGCAAGACAAUGAAUAUCUUGCUUUAUUGUUGUAUGAAAAGUUUGAUAUUUUCCCUCAUUUAGAGGGAUCAUGUGGCUCACUGUAUGCUGUCCAGAAAUUGAAUACAAUAUCAAGGUACUGGCAUCUCAUAACACUUUAUGAUAGCAAGAGCGAGUGGGUGAAGAGAGUCAAGUUAUCCGUGAUGAUACUAGAUUUCUUAUUGCGUUUAGAUCAUGCUCUGCCAGAGCCGCUUCGCAUCUGUGAUAUAAAGAUGGACCAUUUUGGAGUCACAAACGAUUUCAAGAAAAUCAAAUACCUAGAUCUCGACUCUGUUCACCCGGUUAGUGUUACAAAUAAGCUUACUGCCGACGGGUCAGAUUGCAAGCAGCACAGUGAUUGUGAUUUCAAAGACUGCCGAUCGUUUUGUAACCUGAUGACGUUUAAAUGUCAACAUGGGGUGGCUAACAAUAACCUGCAGAUAGUUUGUGAGAAGAUAUUUUUGGGCUGGGUGUUGUCUGGUCGGGUGAUGGUGCCAGGGUUGUUGCUAGGGCCGCGGUCUCCUCGAGUCCUUAUCGACGUGCUGGAACUCUGCGCCAACCCUGACGUUGAAUCAGGCACACCAAGAGCACCAGCUUCGAAAGAAAUUAGGGACAGACUUCACAAACUGCUCUCUCAUUUAUCUUUAUCUUAGGAAAGGAAAUGCACUGUGAUAAUUAAUUACCUUAGAUGUAGGUGUUAACAUUUUCUAGUCACAAUUUUUAAAGUUACUUAUUGUUUAAGUAGUUUUUAACAGUAUCAGAACUUACAUACAAUACUUGGUGUGACAAUAAAGUUGCACCAAAUUGUGAUAGUUAGCUUUUAGAAUUCAUUGGUAAGUAGAAAAAAAUAAAAAAAUGUUUCUCAUGUGCCUUUAAAUGAGAUUUAAAAAGGUUGUUUAAUCUAGUCAAUUCUAAUCUAAUGUUUCCGGUACAUACUUCUAAAAUUAACCAGAUUGCCAACAGUAGUUCUUCCUUACAUAGUAAAACAUCCAACUAAUUGUAUUUGUCUUAAAAGAAAUCGCGCACGAUGUCCGUAGAAUCGUGACGCUCUCAGGGCUCCACGUUCAUCCACCAUCUACCGCGAACCACGUUCGAUGUGUUGCCUCUCUGUCGCACUUGUAAAUUCGUACCUAAGUGUGACAGGGAGGCAACACGUCGAAGGUCGUUCGCGGUAGGCCCUCUGCGCCCAUUAUAUCCAUAUCUAGUGUGACUAGGGUUGCCAACCGUACUAUAUUAUAUAGUAUUGUACUAUAUUUUGGCUCUCUGUACUAUAUACUUUUGGAAAAAUAUAUAAUACGCUAAAAUACUAUAUUUCCGAUUAAACGUAUAUUACACUCAUGUUUAGUAUUUUAUCUAAAAGUACUAUAUUUUUUUGAAAUGUACUAUAUUUUUGAUGCCUUAUUCUGGAAAAUACUAUAUUCCACCAAAAAAAAGUUGGCAACCCUAAGUGUGACUAGCUAGCUAGACUAGUCGGACUGGUGUGACCGCGAAGACGACAACAGCGGAGAAUCUUUCAUUUCCUCGGACCUCGUGCGCGAACUAUAGGUAUCAUAGAGUAUACAUUCUGCACUAUUUAAAUGUAAAUAGAUAAAAAUGCUCACUCUUACCAGGGAUUUAAUAUGAAUAGUUUUUAUCUCCAGUAAAAAAACUUAUAAACUAGGUAACGUUGUCACAUCAUAAAGUUUAAAAGUACCUACUCGUAUAAUUUUUACGAUUCGAUUUAACGAAGUACCUAAUGUAAUUUAUAUCAUGUAAGUAGGAAUGUGAUAGAUAUACCUAUCUAUGGUAUCUAUGUGAUGAACGUGAACAUUGUUUUUAGGGUUAAAGGAUAACAACGGGACCCUUUAAUAAGACUCCUCUGUCAGUCUGUCUGUCUGUCACCAGGCUGUAUCUCUAGACAGUUGAAAUUUAUGAUGUAUUUCUGUUGCCGCUAUAACAACACAUAGGUACUAAAAACAGAAUAAAAUAAAUAUUUAAGUGGGGCUCCCAUACAACAAACAUGAUUUUUUUGCCGUUUUUAGGGUUCCGUAGCUAAAUGGCAAAAAAUGGAACCCUUAUGGAUUCGUCAUGUCUGUCUGUCCGUGUAUGUCACAGCCACUUUUUUCCGAAACUAUAAGAACUAUACUGUUGAAACUUGGUAAGUAGAUGUAUUCUAUUAAAAAUAGAAAAAAAACAAUAAAUUUUGGGGGUUCCCCAUACUAAAAUGAUAUUGAGGCUUCUAAUAUAAUUUUUUUCAAAACUGAAUAAGUUGCGCGAGAGACACUUCCAAAGUUAAAAAUGUGCCCCCCCCCCCCCCUGUAACUUCUAAAAUAAGAAAAUGAUAAAACUAAAAAAAAUAUAUGAUGUACAUUACCAUGCAAAUUUCCGACGAAACUUGGUUUGAACGAGAUCUAGUAGGUAGUGUUUUUUAAUACGUCAUAAAUCGUAAACCGCAAUUUUAUUAUGUUACUUGCUGCUACGGAACCCUUCAUGGGCGAGUCCGACUCACACUUGGCCGCUUUUUGCGUAAUGGUACGGAACCCUUAGUGCGUGAGUCCGACUCGCACUUGGCCGGUUUUUUUUAGAGUUUAAAACUAUUAGGAAAUGAUUAGAGUUUAACACUAGGAAAUUAAUUUUCCUAAACUUCCAACAUAGUUGUAUUGACAUAGGUACCUAGUCUUUCUUAGAUUUAUGAAUUAGGGCACAAUAAUUUUAAAUAUUUAGGCAUUUCCAAAAUCUAGUUACAGUCAUAUCAUUCAGUCUUUGAGACAUUUUAAAUGUAAGUUCUAGUCACAACAUAGGGGUCAUCCAUUAAUUACGUCACACGAAUUUCUAGGUUUUUUGACCCCUCCCCCCUCCUUGUCACACUUGGUCACAUUUGGCAAACCCCUCCCCCCUAGUGUGACGUCACAUUUUUUCUACGUAAUCGCCAAAUCGAAAUAAGUAAGUACCUAAGUAUUAUUAAUAUUUUAUCAAAAUAUUUUUGACGAUAUAAAUAUUAGUAAUUUUAUAACCCAAAACUGCUUAGGAAAGAAAAUUAAACGAAUAUAAACGAUUAUCGUUUUAAAAACUUGUUAUUUAAAUGUACAGCGAAUAAAAUAAUUUAAAUAAAUUUUCGGUUACUGAUGAAAUGAAAGUGACGUCACAAAGUUUGUGUCUCCCCCCUCCCCCAUGUCACAAUAUGUCACAUUUUCUUGACCCCUCCCUCCCCCUAAACGUGUGAUGUAAUUAAUGGAUGACCCCAUAGCAGUAUGUGGGUAGGUAUAUUAUUUAAAUAAAUGUCCAAUAGGCAA